UCCAUCUCUUCCAGGAAGUAACCGUGCAAAGUUUAGAGGAGAGACAGAGACAAGCAGGCUGUAGCUCAGAGUUCAGAUACUCUAGGGUAUACACGGUACCAGUCAGAAAUAAUAAUGUCCUUAACAGUUCUGACCUCCGCUUACAGACUAAGGUCCGUCUUCAGACUGCAGCGAAUCCAGAGUCACAUGAUGUCGAGUCAUGCAGAUCCAGAGGUUCUCCUGGAGAAAGUGGGCAGAGCUGGUGUGAUCACCUUGAACAGACCCAAAGUCCUAAAUGCCCUCAACUUCACCAUGAUCCGACAAAUCUAUCCCCAGCUCAAGGAAUGGGAAAAGGACAAUGAAACUGACAUUGUGAUUAUUAAAGGAGCGGGUGGAAAAGCUUUUUGUGCCGGUGGGGACAUCAGAGCGGUCACAGAAGCAGGGAAGGCCGGUGACUCUUUUGCACAGGACUUCUUUCGUGAGGAAUACAUUCUAAACAACACUAUCGGAGCAUACAGGAAGCCCUAUAUUGCCCUUAUUCACGGUAUAACAAUGGGAGGGGGUGUAGGUCUCUCAGUUCACGGGCAGUUUCGAGUGGCCACUGAGAAGACGCUGUUUGCCAUGCCAGAGACUGCCAUCGGGCUUUUCCCUGACGUGGGAGGUGGCUAUUUUCUGCCAAGGCUCCAAGGGAAGUUGGGACUGUUUCUUGCCUUGACAGGCUUCCGACUCAAAGGACGUGACGUACAGAGAGCUGGACUUGCCACUCACUUUGUGGAAUCAAAGAAGAUCCAAGACCUGGAGGAGGAGCUCGUGGACAUGAAGUCUCCUUCUGCUGAAGACGUUGCAAGAGUGUUAGACUCCUACCAAGAGCAGAGCAGUCUGGACUCUGAAAAGCCUUUCGUCUUGGACAAGCACAUGUCUGAUAUUAACAGGCUGUUCAGCUCCAGCAGUGUGGAGGGCAUCAUGCAGAACCUGAAGGCAGACGGCUCAGAGUUUGCUAAGAAACAGGCUGAGACCCUGUCCAAAAUGUCUCCCAUGUCCAUGAAGAUCACCUACAAGCAGCUGAAGGCAGGUGCAACGCUGAGCCUGCAGGAGGUGUUGGUGAUGGAGUAUCGACUGAGCCAGGCCUGCAUGAGAGGCUGCGACUUCUACGAGGGUGUACGAGCUCUGCUGGUUGACAAAGAUCACAAUCCAAAGUGGAACCCAUCCACCCUGGAGGAGGUGUCUGACCACAGCGUGGACCAGUGCUUUUCCUCUCUGGGAGAGAAGGACCUGACUUUCUGAUGUCUCGUCAGCCAGCAGCUGCUUCCCGCCUUCAACCAGACACCACUAAGCCUUUUCUGAGCGGCUGCUUCCUGCCCACACAUCCUUUUAUGGUCAGUCAUUUAAGAGGACUGUACUGCAGAGUGGGGAUGGAAGUCAGUGUAUUAUUUUAUGACAAACACAUCGGUAGGUCAGAUGCUAACAUGGUUUGAUUCUGUAGUAUUACUGCAGAAUAUCACAUUCUUCUGGUGACUUUUUACAGAAAACUCUCUGUUCCUCUGCAGCUGAGGAAAAAUAGGUCUGAUUCAUGUUCACAGGCAGAAAUCAAAAAUAGUAACAGAAGAGGCAGCUAACAAACACCCUGUGUGUCACAGGUAAAAUGUUUAGUGUAAACUAGCUCUGCAGUGGAAGUGGAGUCUUGUUACAUAGGCUGUUCAGCCGUGCUGCAGAUUCAAGGAGCUCGACUAUAGCAUCACGUCAGCAUGAGGACAAGAGAGGGAAGAAGGAUCUCAGCAUUGAGUGCUUUAUUACAUUUCCUGUGGGUGUUUGUUGAUGUGACACGGAUCAGUAUCAUCUGUUUCUGCAGUAUGCUCACUGGUUCUGGCACACCAUGUGUAUUAUUUCUGUUUUCUUAUAAAUGCAAUCUGUAGUGAUUUUAAGCUUAACAUGAAUAAAAAAAAACUGUGUCCAAGCAGCACUCCCAGAACAAACGGCAGAUAUUAGUGGCAAAAUCAGAAUGUGUUCUGAAUGCAUUUGCUUGAUUGAUACGUUGUAGUUUAUAGAACAAAUAUGAUUUCAAUAAUCUGUAAGGUGUGAUAUUGUGUGUUUUUUAUAUUUUCAUUUUUCUGAUGGACACCAUUUGUCUAGAGGGAAUUGAAUCACUUCCCUAAUCAUUCGUUCUCCAAAGCUGCAUUAUUUAUGAGUCAGAUUAAGCAUCAGUGCUGGAACAGAUGGCAAUAAAGAGAGUAACAAAAUCUAAA